GCUUGGGACGCAUGCGCAUAUAAAAACCCGGAAGUGACCCGCACAAUAGAGCGGAGUAGUUCUGAGGGCUUUCCAGGCAAACUCUGCUGAUAAAAAAGAAGAUGCUGCUCCAUUUCACGAAAGAUGUUUUACCGGAUUCUGUCAGCACCGACUUCCAGAACCUGAACAAGUUCAACGAGCAGCAAUUUAUUCGUCUGAUUGAAAUUCUGUUCCAGUUCUUGCUGGAGCCUAAAGAGACCGAGAAGUUCAUGCAGCAGCUCAGUGAGUUUGCAGGGGAACAUGGGAUAAGUGCCGGCCCUCUGAGGAACCUGAUGAAGAGCGUCCUCCUGGUGCCACAGGGAGCCCUGAAGAAAAACCUGGCAGCCGAGCAGCUCAAAGAAGACCUGGAGACGUUAGGACUGAACAAAGACAAAGCAGCUUAUUUUUCACAGCAGUGGGGCGAACACUACGCCACGCUGUCCACACUCGCCGUCAGACAGACUCUGAUGGUCAACCAGCUGGUGGACAUGGACUGGAAGUUUGGAGUGACUGUCGGCACCAGUGAAGUGCACAAAGUGGGAAACAUCUUUCUGCAGCUGAAGCUGGUGGUCAGAAAGGGGAAUUCCACUGAAAACGUCUACAUGGAGUUGACGCUCCCCCAGUUUUACAACUUCCUGCAUGAGAUGGAGAGAGCCAAGGCUAGCAUGGAGUGUUUCAGCUGAGUGUGUGUGUGUGUGUGUGUGUGUGUGUGUGUGUGUGUGUGUGUGUGGGACACUGAUGAGCCUGCCAGUUUGCCAAACGUAAUAAUAAACAGGAAUAAAAAGCAAA